CGCCGGCAGUACGGUUUCAGACAAUCUUGUGAAAGGCGCAGCAUCUGUGGUCUUUAGUAAACGAUAUUAUCAGUACAGACAAUCUAAUUACAUUUCAGAGAAGUAAACAUGGCAGCGAUAGAAAAUAAGAAGAGACGCCUAUCUGAUGAGACCUCGUAUACCGAGAAUGGUGAAAAAACUUUUAAGACCCCAGAAAAGCGAGUGUCUUUCGUGAAGUUAGUAGGACCCGGUGAGGAUGUCAAACGCUGGGGAGUGGAUGAAGUUGCACACUAUCUCCGGUUACAGGGCUUUGAACAGUUCGAGAAGUGUUUUCAAGAGAGUCGAAUCACUGGUCGUGGAUUUCUGUAUCUUACAGAUUCCCAUCUGAAAGAGCUUGGUAUAAGUUCUUUAGCUGACCGUCUAGAGUUACUGAGCUGCAUUCAUCAGCUAUGGCAGAACUGUUCAGAAAAUAUGAAGGUAUUUAACGACCCCAUCCAUGGUCACUUUGAACUGCAUCCUCUUUUGGUUCAAAUAAUUGACACUCCCCAGUUCCAGCGUUUGCGCAAUAUCAAACAGCUUGGUGGAACAUACUUCGUCUUUCCAGGAGGUUCACACAACAGAUUUGAACAUUCUCUUGGUGUUGGCUACCUGGCAGGCUGUUUAGUUAAAACACUGCAAGAAAGGCAACCAGAACUCAAGAUUGACCAAAGAGAUGUACUUUGUGUUCAGAUUGCAGGCCUCUGUCAUGACUUGGGGCAUGGUCCAUAUUCACAUAUGUUUGAUGGAAGGUUCAUGCCUCUGGCACGACCAGAAUUGGAUUGGAAGCAUGAAAUGGCCUCUGUAAAGAUGUUUGAGCACUUAAUUUCUUCGAAUGACCUAGAAGAGGUUAUGAAGGAUUUUGGUCUGAAGCUUCCAGAAGAUCUCAUUUUUAUUAAAGAACAGAUUGCAGGGCCAAUCCAUAUGUCAGAUGGGACGCAUUCAACUAAAGAUAAUUGUUUGGGACUGUCAUCACUUAGGAAUCAAAAAUAAUUUUGAUCAUCAACGCUUUCUCAAGUUUGCUCGUGUUUGCACUGUUGGCAACAAGAAGCAUAUUUGCACUAGAGAUAAGGAAGUUGCUGAUCUUUAUGACAUGUUCCACACACGCAACUGCCUACACAGAAGAGCAUACCAGCACAAGGUUGGCAACAUCAUUGAGACAAUGAUGACUGAAGCUUUCCUUAAAGCAGACCCAUAUAUUCUAAUAGAAGGCAAACAUGGAAAGAAGCAUACAAUAUCAACUGCUAUAGAUGAUAUGGAGGCUUAUACAAAACUUACAGAUUCUGUAUUUGAGCAGAUACUUUACUCCAGUAGUGAAGAACUUGCUGAAGCACGAGCAAUAUUGCACAAGGUGUUGUGUCGUAAAUUAUACAAAUGUGUUGGGCAGACACAACCCAAGGAAAAUAUAAAAAUUCAAAAGCAUGAAUAUAAGAAAUUAGCCGCUGAAGUAGCUGCUUCUGAGCCACACACCCCACCUGAUGUAAGACUAACUGCCGAUGACUUCAUAGUAGAUAUCAUUCUUCUAGAUUAUGGAAUGAAGGAACAAAACCCAAUUAAUAAUGUCAAUUUCUAUUGCAAGGAUGACCCCAGCAGGGCAAUCAAGAUCCGUAAAAAUCAGGUAUCUCAGCUCCUUCCUGAGAAGUUUGCUGAACAGAUCAUACGUGUUUAUUGCAAAAAGACCGAUGAGGUGAGCUUCGAAGCUGCAAAGAAAUACUUUGUGCACUGGUGUUUUAAAAAAGACUUCACCAAACCCAAGGAUGUGGAUUUGGUAGCCCCAGAACUUACACCUCUUAAAGCUAGUUGGUAUGACCAGGAAGAUGACAGCAAUCAGCAGUUUUCAGAACAUGGACAUCAUACACCCAGACCAAAGAAAACCUUGUUCCAACAGUAAAUAAAACUAUUGGCACUUCGGAGUUGGACACCCACUUCUUCAACAAGAGACUGUUAUUACCCUCAUUAAGAAUGGUGGAGGGCUUUCAGUAAAUCCUUUACUGUGAACUGUAAAAUAUUAAGUACACUACUAUGCUGUACAUUUCUGUAAAUGUAGCAAGCAUAGUUUCAAGUGAUCACCUGUGCCAUGCAUCCAGUCCAUGGCAAAAAAAUUUGCUGCUAAAUAGCAAUUUUUAUUCACUUUAGACAAUUCUUUUUAAGAAUGUUUUAUUUCCACUUACUCUUGUUCUCCCUGUUUUAUUUCUACUUUCUCCUGUUAUGCAUGAUCAGUUUUCCUACAAAAACUACAAAUAUCUCGAUUUACCUUUAUUGCUGGAAGCUUGUCUGGUCAUGUUCUCAUGUAUGUUAAAGGAUAAAGGUGUAUUAGUAAACCUGAGCUCCUCCUUUCACACUGAAGGACUUUGAAAUGCUGUUACAAUUUCCGGUGUUCUUUUGCUACCAGACAGUGGUAGUGGACAGGAUCGACAUCUCAGUGGGAGGUCCAUAAAGUCCUAGUUUCUUUCAGGCUCACAUAUGCAGAGUACGGUUUAUCUUUUUCUUUUAUUGGAAUUAGAAUGAAACAAUAUUGAUUUUAAUGCUCUCAUGGGAGACAUGAUGCAGCAAUAUUUUAGUAGCAGACAGGAUAUCAAAUAUACAGAAAAUGCCAGUAAAGUUCUUUAAUGUACCAACUUUAUCAUGUAAACAAAAUGAUUGUAGUGUCCAAUAUUGUAAAAGAAAUUCUUGUAUAUUUUAGCUCAUUUUUUGCACUUUAAGACAAUGUGACCUGUUUUUCUUUUAGGAGUGAGUGUGGUAUACUGUUCUAGGGUAGUGUUUUUAGGUGCUGGAGUAGUAAGUACAUGUGUGAUGUCAUAAUUCUCUUAUUCUAGUUCUAAAUUCACAAGUACUUCUGAACUUUGGUCAUUUCAUCCACCACCAGGAUGUGACAACAUCUUUAUUAUGGAUGGUUGUUGUGAAAUGUAAAGGCAUGAAAGGCUUGCCUACUUUUCCAAAAGGCUAAAAAAUUUAAAACAACCCAGGUGCCCUGGUUCAGCUAACAGCUAAGCUGGCUGAGUGAGCUCGGGGAGGAUGUGUGUACUUGUCCAAAGUGAUGAAGUGGUAGCAGGUUGCUUCAGUCCAUUGUAGAAGAGGUCAAGAAUGUAAAUGCAGUGUGGCGGCACACAGAUGAAGAUGCCAGACAGAGUACCACUCUUUGUUGGCAUAGUGAAGCAUGCACUCAUACACAGAAGGUGUGGUGAUCCCUGUGGAAUUAGGGCUAUAAAAAAAAAAAAAAAAAAAAACUUUGUAGCUUCCUAUAUGAUGACUCCUGUUGCCAAAUGUAAUUUGCUGGAGUACAUGAAAACUGAUGGUAAGCAGGCAGUGUGUGUGUGUGUG